AUGGAGGACGAACCCCACCCACUCGCUCCGGCCCGGGACUUGCGCCUGGAAGGAAGAUGGACAUGCGGCGAGCUACUGGAAGCCGUUCUGUCGUCAGAAGCGACGAGCCAUGUGUCGAGUGAGGAGUAUCAAGUUCAGUCUCGGCCUCCUCAGGAAGGAUCCGAAGAAGAGGCCGGGGGUGAAAAAGGAAAAUCCUUUGGAGCCCCCGCCUCCACCCCGCGUCCUCACUCCCGUCGACCCCCGUCUGCCCCUCACCGUGAGGCAAAGAAUCGCAAUCAUGGAGUCGUGGGAAGGCAUCUCAAGAGACAUGACACCCGCCGGGAUCCCCAUGUUAAUCAAGCGUUCACCAUGCUCCUUACAUCAUCAGCCACGAUCGCGUGCUAUCAUCCCGUGAUGCCGUAA